ACUGAAUCUGGUGACGAGAAGAUCUUUGAGGCGGCCUCCUCCAGCGAAGCCGCUUGUUGGCUCACUGCCAUUCGCAAGUGUCUCCCGCCUCUCCGCCGUUGCCUCACCAAUCCCGCUGCUGCCGUGGCAGCCGCAGCUGCAGUAGCUGCUGCUGCGCACCAAUCCCUGCCCUCACCCGGCGGUCAUCAGCACCAUCACCAUGGCAAUGGAGGCGGAGGUGAAUUGCCUGAACCUUCUCCUCUUCUUACGCAACAACCGCCACCACCACCUUUGCCGCCGCCUCUACCACCCUUGUCACUGUCGACGGGAUUCGAGUGUCAGAGACAGGUGGCUCCAUCUUUGUUAACAUCCGCUUCCAAGUCGAAGAUACUAACCUCAGGAGAUGAACUUGGACACCAGCACUCAAUCACCUCUUCCGCUGGCGCACUAAUUGAUCAUACAGCCGCUGCCACAAAUCUUCAUCACCAUCACCACCUCCACCACCAUUCCCAACCGCAACAGCAGCAGUCCAAUUCUUCCGCCGUUCCUAAACAGAUCUCCUCCCAUCAACCCUUCAAUUCUCAGGGCGCUGGUACACUCGUGUGUCCGCUUCCCUCCCGUCCACCUGCUGCUUUCCACCGCAUCGCUCCGUCAGAGCAUACAUCCCCCUCCGUCCCUGUUCUUGCUCCUGUCGCUACCACAACCACCUCCGAGACCAACACCGACAACAACCCAUUUGUAUGCGAUAAGCUGCUAGCCAAUUACCCUUGGUACCACGGCACUCUGUCCCGCGUUGCUGCCACCGCCUUUGUUCUCGGCCAGCCGGCGGAAGUGGACGUGGGUGGGGCGGAUGGAGGUUCGCCACCGCCAUUUCCCUCUGCUCCGACGCGAAAUCCUCAGCAAGGAUCCACAGCAAACAGCGCCUCAAACGCUGCGGCUGCUGCUGGCUUAUCGGAUGGGGUGUUUCUGGUGCGACAGAGUGAAACUCGGGUCGGAGAGUUUGUGCUCACGUUUAGUUGUCAUGGAAAGGCAAAACACCUGCGAAUGACUCUCAGUCCCGAUGGUCAAUGCCAAGUUCAGCACCUUCCUUUUGCCUCCAUCUGCGAGAUGUUGGAACACUUUCAUCAGGAACCUAUCCCCCUUGAACACCCCCCGUCCUCCACUUCUCAGCAACAGCAGCAGCAACAGCAACACCCACCUCCACUACCGCAUUCCUCCUCAGCGGGCGACGCGAAACCCACUGUUGAUGCGGCCCCUCCGCCCGUCACACUUUCAGCCUAUGUGGUGAACACGCGUCGUGCGGCUAAUUCUGGCCGUCUAUGCGGUCCUCAGUGGCCGCGUCUUGUUUUCUGUCGUGGCUCCGUUCGCGCCAGCAUCAAUACUGUCUGCUCGGAUGUCGCGUCGGUGGCUGCUAGUGUGGCCACGCGGGCUGUGCAGAAUCAGUACAUCCUCAUGUGA